GCUGGGAUAAACAUUUUAGAAUCCAGAGAGAAAACUUUGAAUGUCAGAGUUUAGACUGCUUUAGAUUUAGCUUUGCUGCAAAUUGUCAUCUGGUUUGACAAGUCCCACAUUUCCCCUCACAGACUCUCAACAGGAUUGGUAACAUAGCUCAAGUAUUUUUGUGGUGUGUAUGUUCAUCCAGCUGGCUCAUUCUGGAUUAGACUGAGCUGUUGUGUCCACCAGGUUUUGGUUUUCCAGAGAUGACUGCUGUCAGGAAGAAGUUGGUGAUCGUUGGGGACGGUGCUUGUGGGAAGACCUGUCUGCUCAUUGUUUUCAGUAAAGACCAGUUUCCUGAUGUCUACGUACCUACUGUGUUUGAGAACUAUGUGGCAGACAUUGUAGUGGAAGGGAAACAGGUUCAACUGGCACUUUGGGACACAGCUGGUCAGGAAGAUUAUGAUCGACUGAGGCCUCUUUCCUAUCCAGACACUGAUGUAAUCCUCGUGUGCUUCUCUGUGAACAGCCCGGACAGUUUAGCAAAUGUUGCAGAAAAGUGGACUCCUGAAGUGAAACACUUCUGUCCUCAUGUUCCCAUAAUUCUGGUGGGGAACAAAAAGGACCUUCGCAGCGAUGAGAAUGCUAUAGAAAUGCUUGCCAAAAUACAACAGGAGCCAGUUACGUUUGAAGAUGGCAAAGAGAUGGCUCAACGCAUUAGUGCCUACAGCUACCAGGAGUGUUCUGCCAAAACCAAGGAUGGCGUGAGGCAAGUAUUUGAGAUGGCAGCUAGGGCAGCAUUGACGAAUAGCAGUCGUGGGAAGAAGUCGGGCUGCACGCUUUUAUAAAGUUAUGGAAAAUAGGGGUGUGAGAUGGGGCUGCAGUGCCUCAGUUAAAUGAUAUCCUGUGGACUGUCAACAAAAAAAAGUUUUAUUUUUCUGUUUUUUUUGUUGGUUUUUUUUGGCUUCCUGGUGUCUAUAUAAGGUUUUAUGUAUUUUAUGGGGAAUCUAAAGUUUUCAGAUCUUUAGUAUUUAAAGGUAUGGUAGAGUUUUAAAUUAAGCCAUUUUACACAGAGGUUGAUUUGUACCUGAACAAAGAGAAGAACAGCCAAGAAAAACUAUUAAAAUGUUAUGGUUUUCAGAUCUUGCACAAUAUCACCUACAUGCAGUGCCUUGAGAGCAAAAUAAUAAUUUUAGGAUUUGUCAACUCUGAAAUUCUGCAUUAAUUUCUAUUUGUGGUGUCCACUCCUCAUAUUUGUUCAUUAUUUCUUCUUGUCAUCGACACAGCGAAUUUGUGUCUAAACUAGAUUUUUUUUUUUCAAGUCUAUAGUACUUCAGAGGUACUACUUCCCUAUAGUUUUUGUGUUUUUCUGUGGAUGUGCAUAAUAAACAUGUGUGUCAUUAACUAUAUUCAUGUACUAACUUUUUUGUUUUUAUGCCAAAUUCAUCCUCGAUGGUCUCUCUCAUGGCUCAGAUAAAUAAAGUAAGAACUACUAAUAGUAUCAGAAAUUUUACUGGACACUAUAACACCAUAAGCAGAAGCACAAUCAUAUAAAAAUGUAAGUUUUAAUGCAUUUUUAUGCAAAAUUGUGUUAUUGAAAACCAGUGGAUCAAAUCACAAAUGGUGUAGCCGAUAAGUUGAACUAUCUUUUUAUAUUUCAUUACUGAGUCCUUCAUAUACUGUACUGUCUUAACGAGGCCUUGACUAUUUUUAGUUUGGCUUUUAUUCCACUAUAUCCCCUCAUAUGUAUAACUUUGAUAUAUUCAUAUAACAGGUUUUUUAAGUAUAUUUUAAUUAAAUGACUCAACCGUCCUGUUAUUGUGUAUAUAGAAAAUAAACUAAUAUAUUGUUACUGGUGAAAUGUUUCUUGGCAAAGCUUAGGGUUACAUUUUUUAGUGCCACAAUUGGGGACUUUUCAGUUUCUUUCUUCCUGAAAUAAAGUUUUGAUUGUA